CGUCUGAAAGAACAGUAAGGUUUGUAUCAGCUGGAAAUCCACAUAGAACACAAUCACUCGGUGAGCGAUUACACACGUCUGAAAACAUGGCGACUUUAGUGGAGGCAACAUCCUCGCAGCAGUUUGAGGACUUGCUAUCAAAGGCUGGCAAGUUCUUGACGGUGGUCCACUUCCAGGCAGCAUGGGCCCCUCAGUGCAGUCAGAUGAACGAUGUGAUGGGAGAGCUGGCAAAGGAGAACAAACACACCAUGUUUAUCAAGCUGGAGGCAGAAGCAGUGCCAGAGGUAUCAGAGAAAUAUGAGAUUACCUCAGUCCCGACCUUCCUGUUUUUUAAGGGUGGCCAGAAGAUUGACAGGCUGGACGGAGCUCAUGCCCCAGAGCUGACCAAUAAGGUCCAGAGGCUGUCAGUCAGCUCGGGGGGGCUGGGCGGGCCAGGGGCGGAGCCCCCUAAAGAGGACCUUAAUGAGCGUCUGAAGAGACUGAUCAACGCAGCACCCUGCAUGCUCUUCAUGAAGGGCUCCCCCCAGGAACCCCGCUGUGGUUUCAGCCGUCAGAUAGUGGCGCUUUUCAAGGACCAUGCCAUCCAGUUCAGCAGUUUUGACAUCCUGUCAGACGAGGAAGUGAGAGGGGGGCUGAAGACCUUCUCCAACUGGCCCACCUACCCUCAGGUUUAUGUUAACGGAGAACUCGUAGGGGGACUGGACAUUGUCAAGGAACUAGCGGAAUCUGGAGAGCUGGAGAACACCUGUCCCAAGGCUGUCACACUAGAGCACAGGUUGAAGUCGACCAUCAACAGGAGUCCAGUCAUGCUGUUUAUGAAGGGCAAUAAAGAGCAAGCCAAGUGUGGAUUCAGUCUUCAGAUACUGGAGAUAAUGAACAGCUCGGGGGUGGAGUACAACACCUUUGAUAUCCUAGAAGAUGAGGAGGUUAGACAGGGUCUAAAGACAUACUCAAACUGGCCAACGUACCCUCAGCUAUACGUCAAUGGGGAGCUCAUUGGCGGGCUGGACAUUGUGAAGGAGCUUAAAGACAGUGGAGACCUUUCUUCUGUCCUGAGGGGUGAAUGCUAGAUUCCUGUAGUACUGUUACUGUGAUAGGAAUGAGCUAUGGACUACUGCACUCUUCCUUCCCCUCUCCCUCUUCUUCCCCUCUCU